GCCGUUUACCGCUUUUGUUAUGUUUCUACAAUUAUUCUUCACUUCAUUUUUAGAUUGACAAUCCGACUAAAAAGAUAAGGUUUAGGCAGGGAUUUGGUAUUUCUAAUUCGUUGGGUUGUGCUACAUAGGUUUUUGUGCAUUGGCUGACAGAAAUUUUUGUUCUGUCAAUAUUAGUUAAUAUGGAAAAUAGUUUUCAAUCAGCUUACGUAGAUAUCAAUGGAGUACCUACUAAUAUAUUAACAUGGGGCCGCUGGCUGGAAGAAUCUUUAGGAGAUGCUGAAGAAAUUAUUAUUUGCAUUACUGGCAAUCCCGGGUUGCCAGGGUUUUAUACAGAAUUUGGACAUACGAUACAUAAAAAUCUUGGACUUAAAACUCCAGUAUGGAUAAUUGGACAUGCUGGUCAUGAUGAACCGUCAAAAAAAAGCUUAAAACAAGUCCCAACUUUAAAACAUAAUGAACAUUUAUACGAUUUAUCUGGACAGAUAGAACACAAAUUAAGUUUUAUUCAAAAAUAUGUACCGGAAAAUAAAAAAAUUUACUUGGUUGGUCAUUCAAUUGGGGCAUGGAUGGUUUUAGAAUUAAUGAAACAUGACUCUAUUAAACCUCGUAUUAAAAAAUGUUUUUUGUUAUUCCCAACAAUCGAAAGAAUGGCAGAUUCAUAUAACGGCAAAAUUUUUCAACUUUUUAGUUUCCUUUCACCACUGUACAUAUAUUUGUUGCAUUUUAUCUAUUAUAUGCCAAUUUUUGUUAGACUAUUUAUAAUCAAAAUAUACUUUUGGUUAUUUUCCAUUCCUAAAAUUUUUCUAAAACCAGCCAUUAAAUAUUCUAAACCAACAUCAAUGGAAAAAGUAAUAUUUUUGGCAAAGGAUGAAAUGAAAGUUGUUCGUGAAUUUGAUGAAUUGCAUAUUAAACGAAAUAAGAAGCUAUUGAAAUUUUAUUACGGCGCGACAGAUGGUUGGGUCCCCGUAAAAUAUUUUAAUGAAAUAAAGGAAAAAAUCGAUGACCUGGAUGCACAAUUAUGUCAGAAAGGAAUUUCGCACUCCUUCGUGUUACAACAUUCAGAAAUGAUGGGCAAUAUCUUAGCAGAAUGGAUCAUACAAGAUAAAAACUGAAAUUUUCAGUUUGUAUUGAAAUAAAUACUUUAUUAAAUUCAUUAUUAAAUCAAUUAUUAAUAGGAACAAGAAACAUAAGAUUGGGGAUUGGGUCAAAUGUAAAAAUUUAAUAAAAAUCGUUUAAUUCAAUGUGAAA